GUUAGUUGGUGAGACUCAUCCAAGCAAGAGAGGUUUCCUUUGAAUCAAACAACACGAUGGCAACGAGACGGAUAUUGAGAGAGCUAAGGGAGUUGCAGAGAGACCCUCCUGUAUCAUGCAGUGCCGGUCCCAUAGGAGAAGAUAUGUUUCACUGGCAAGCUACGAUAAUGGGUCCGAUUGAAAGUCCAUACACGGGUGGUGUUUUCCUUGUCGAUAUCAAUUUCACUCAAGAUUAUCCUUUUAAACCUCCGAAGGUUGUAUUCAAAACCAAAGUCUUUCACCCAAACGUCAACAGCAAUGGAAACAUAUGUUUGGACAUUCUCAAAGACCAAUGGAGCCCUGCCCUUACAAUCUCCAAGGUGCUUCUUUCUGUGUGCUCUCUUCUUACAGACCCAAACCCUGACGAUCCUCUGGUUCCAGAGAUAGCUAACAUAUACAAAACCGAUAGGGUCAGGUACGAAGCCACGGCUCAAAGCUGGACCCAGAAGUAUGCGUCGCAAUAAAACUCAUGACUCCAAAUUAACCCUUCUUCAUUCUUUUGGAAAGUGUCUACAACUUGUCCUUUUUCUUCUUCUUUUGCGUUUGGUCUUUAUUACAAAACAGUAAAGUGGAAUAUUAUUGGCGGUCUCUAUUUCUCCUUGCUUUGUUUUAAAUUAAUUAGUCUCAUUACUA